UGCUCGUUCGUUUACACUUUGUUUGUUUGAAGUUGGCGCGGUGAUCAAUCGAGGUGUUUCGCUCGUGUUGCAGGACACUGGAAUAAUAAUAAUCGAAAAGUGAGCGAGCAAAGCCGCAAUGGAUGGGACGAAAAGCGAGCCGAGCAAGAGCGGGGCUGUGCAACGGGAGUGCGGUGGUUGCGGAGAGGUAAUUACAGAAAGGUAUCUUCUCAAAGUGUUGGACAUGUUCUGGCACGAGGAUUGCUUAAAGUGCAACAGUUGCAAUUGUAGACUCGUGGAAGCUGGUCCCUCGCUUUACAUAAAAUCUAAUCUGAUAUUGUGCAAGAAGGAUUAUUUGAAGUAA